UGCAUUGAGCUGUUACAGCAUUUACGUAGGGACACAUUUUCUCUUUGUUCAAUUUCGCCCAUUCUUAGAGUUCUCAUUUUUUCAACAGUCAUUGAACGCAACACUCAUCCUCUGACGGGUAUCCAGCAUGGAAAGAAAAGUGCUUGCGAUACAGGCGAGGAAGAAGAGGACAAAACCCAGGAAGCCUGGAAAAAGACCAGAGCCCCAAGGUCGUGGAGGUGGCUCUCAGUCGGGUCAGGCAGAUUCACCCGUCCCAGAACAGGAUGAGGAGAUACUGGGUUCUGAUGAUGACGAGCAGGAAGAUCCCAAUGACUACUGUAGAGGUGGAUAUCACCACGUGAAAAUUGGAGAUCUUUUUAACGGAAGAUACCAUGUGAUCCGUAAACUGGGCUGGGGCCACUUCUCCACAGUGUGGUUGGCCUGGGACAUCCAGGAGAAGCGCUUCGUGGCCAUGAAGGUUGUGAAAAGUGCUGAGCAUUACACGGAGACAGCUCUUGAUGAGAUCAGGCUGCUUAAAGCGGUGAGAAACACAGACCCCAACGACCCUAACAGAGAGAGAGUGGUGCAGCUUCUAGACGACUUUAAAGUUUCUGGCAUGAAUGGCUCUCAUGUGUGUAUGGUGUUUGAAGUACUGGGCUAUCACCUUCUCAAGUGGAUCAUCAAAUCAAAUUAUCAAGGCCUCCCUCUGCCCUGUGUCAAAAGCAUCAUAUGCCAGGUCCUGCAGGGCUUAAACUAUCUCCACACCAAGUGUAAGAUUAUCCACACAGACAUCAAACCAGAGAACAUCCUGCUGACUGUGAACGAGCCCUAUAUCAAGAAAAUGGCUGCUGAAGCCACGCAGUGGCACAAAAGUGGAGCUGCUCCUCCCUCGGGCUCUGCAGUGAGCACAGCCCCGCCACCCAAAGCAAUGGCCAAGAUGUCAAAGAACAAAAAGAGGAAGAUGAAGAAGAAGCAAAAGAAACAGGCAGAGCUUUUGGAGAAACGGAUCCAGGAGAUGGAAGGGGGAGAAGAUGGAGGAGGUGGAACGGUCGAAGGAUGUGAAGAUGAAGAGGAAGAUGAGACAACAGAGACCACAGUAGACACAACGUUAUCAGCCAGCUUGUCUAUGUCUUCAACGUUGCAGGACAUUGCUAACCAUUCUUUAACAGAUGCAGUCCUCAACAAUCAACCGAUUCUGAUCCCUGAAGGAAGUGUUCAAAAACAAGAGGAGAACAACAUGGAUGUGAACUACAAUGGUGUUCCCUCUGCAACAGAAAGUGAAGCCAGUCCAGAUGGUGAGGUUCUCAGAACCAAACAGUUGAAGGAGGAGCAGGAAGACGUCCAAAAUGCUAACCGAGCUAAAGACAGCACGGAUGUGUUGAAUAAAAAUGAAGAGCAUCAGACCUGUAAUGGUUUGUCACAAGGAGACCCGCAGCAGCCUCCUGCAACCCCCAUACCUGACUCUCUGUCUGUAGAGCCGAAGGAGGGAGAAAAGGAGAAGAAGCGGGGGGAGGUUAUGGACAUUCAGGAGGAGACAAAAAGAGCCGAGGAAGAGGAGAAGGGCCAAAAUGGAGCGUCAGGCAGUCUGUUGGUAAACCCUCUGGAGCCUGUCAAUGCUGAGAAGCUGCAGGUUAAAAUCGCUGACCUUGGUAACGCCUGCUGGGUGCAUAAACAUUUUACAGACGACAUCCAGACCAGACAGUAUCGGUCUCUUGAGGUACUGUUAGGAGCUGGCUACGGAACACCAGCGGACAUUUGGAGCACGGCCUGCAUGGCCUUUGAACUGGCUACUGGAGAUUAUCUGUUUGAACCCCAUUCUGGUGAAGACUACUCCAGAGAUGAAGAUCACAUAGCCCUGAUCAUCGAGCUGCUGGGAAAAAUUCCUAGAAAGUUAAUCUUGGCAGGCAAAUACUCCAAGGAAUUUUUCACCAAGAAAGGUGACCUGCGUCACAUCACCAAGCUGAAGCCAUGGGGUCUGUUUGAAGUCUUGGUAGAAAAAUACGAGUGGUCAAAAGAAGAGGCCAACUCUUUCAGCAGCUUCCUCCUGCCAAUGCUCGACUUGGUUCCUGAAAGAAGAGCCACAGCCGCUCAGUGCCUCUCUCACCCAUGGCUCACACCCUAAAGGUCACUGAGACCCUGCUACCAUUCUCAUAGCGUACAUACAUCGGAUGCACUGGGUUUCAAGCUACGACCACAGUCAAAUAAAUAAACACUCAUGUCUGCAAGAGCCUGCUGCUGCAUCACACCUGCAUCCUGGUGUCAUGGAUCAUGGAUGAAGUUUUACAUGGUUGAAAUCGUUGGGAAAGAAGAAACUGCUGCUCCAUCUGUUAGUCCUAUGGAUUACACUGGUUAUGAGACGAACUCAAGGGCUUUCCCUUUGUUACACAACUCGACACAGCAUCAUCUUCUCAAUGGAAGUGUUUUCUUUUGCCUCUGACUGCAGCUCUUUCUCAGCAGCCUUAUUUAUCCAUAGUUGUUCUGAUACUGAUAAUUGACCUUUAAAUUAAAAACAAAAAUUGCGCCUGUCUAAAACACCCUGACAACUCAAUUUAAACAUUUUGAGGGCGAGUAUUAGGAGUAAAAUAAACAGAUAAUAUCUUUGACUAUCCACAAAUUGAUCAUGAAUCUCCUCCUUUCCUAUCAAAAGGAAAUGUUUUAAAUUCAUGGUCCAUGUAUUGUAUGUGCUGCUAAACCUUUAUCAUUUAGUAUAAAUCUCUCCCUCCAAAAACAAACAAAGAAAUAAAUAAACAUAUGUUGAUCCCAUCCCUCCCUCCAACCUUUGGACAACUAACAUCCUUUAGUUGCAUUACUACCAGCUACGAGGUGUAUUUAACCAGAAAAUAUUUCCCACCCCAAGUUUUCCGAUCUCUUAAAUAAUAAAAAAAAAGGAGAAAAUGGACACAGGGGGCAGCAUCAUUGCAGAUGAAUAGGUUGCAGUAAACUUCUGGUGACCCAUUAAAUAUCACUCGGGGCGGUACUUUUGUAUGGUUCAGUGUUUUUUUCUGAGAAUGUUCUUUCAUACUCUCACUCUACAACCAUGUGCUGUUAUUAUUUUAGGAAUUAGCCAGAGUUAUUUGCCGCCAUCUCUUUACCAACUUCUUUGAGCUAGCUCUCAAUUCUUCGCAAUGACCUUAAAAUGACUAACUGCAUCAUACAAGCAGGUCUGUAGAGUGACAAGUGCUGCUACAUUCUUUUGUACAUUUGUAUGCAGACAGCACAGUUAAUGAGGGAUUUUUUGUAAAUGAGACUUGGAAAAAGAAACUCAUACUUAAUGUUUUUUACUUUCUGUUCUUUUUUGGAUGUAGGUUUGCUUUUGUGCUUUCGAGAGGAGACGCCUGGCUGGUAGAAUAAAAUGUGAACAAAAA